AAUUAUGGCAUUUUUCUAAAUCGAUCUCUAAGAACCCUUAAAAUUAAUAGAUCAAGAUUCCCUUUAAUUCUAACAUAGACCAGCCCUAACCAAAGAGACCAUUAAAUAGAAUUUUAUUUAGUUUCUUUAAACUAAAUAUGAUAAUUUAAUACAGGAAGGAGAUUAAUUAACUGAUAUGACUUUAUUAUUACAAAAUAUUUUGACACUUUCAGAUAAGCUAAAAAGUUAAUUCGAAUAAAGCCAAAAGCUUUAGCGAAAAUUGAGAGAUAUUGAAGAAGAACUAUAAAAUUAUUUCUAAUGCAAAUUAGAGCUUUAAGAUGUCAUUUCAGAUUAUAUUGCAAGUUUCGAAUAAUUUAUUGAAAUCAAAAAGGAUGUCAAAACUAUUAGUGAAAUUGAUUUACCCAGAGAAUAAACUUUAAAUCGUCUUUAAGUAUUUUUUUUGAUUUCUAUCAGGAAUAUUCUUGUCUAAUCAAAAAAUUAGCUGAAUAUACUACUUUUGAAAGUGAUCUAGGAGAUUUAAAGAAAAUAGAAUAAAGGUUUAGAAUGUUGGAAUUAGAAGAAGACUACUUGGAAUAUUAAUUAAUGAUUAAUAACAAAAUUGAUGAUCAAAUAAAAUAAUCACCAACAUAAUUGCUAUGCCUUUUUGUCUAAAUGUUAGGUUAAUCGAUUAAAUCUUUAAGUAUAAUUACUUACAAAAUCUUUAGAAUCUCAUUUAAAUUGUCCAAUCAUUAUUUUGUUAGAUGAUCACGAAAAUAUUACAGAAGAAUUAUUAAUUCAAUAUAAAUAAACUAUCCUCUUGAAGAUAUAAAAUAAGGUCCCAGCUUUAAUUUUGAUUGAUAAAGAAUAAUAAAAUGGGCAAUCUUUAUGUAUUUCUUAAAAUAGAUAAUCAAUCAAGCUCUACUUAGAUAAUUAUAAAAACUAUUUAAGUAAUAUUAAAAUCAGCUACGUACUUUUAAAAAAUGAACUUAUUUUAGAAUAGAUUUUCUCUAAAAUAAUAGAAAAAUUAAUAGAAAUCAAUAUAAUUAACCAAUCCAAAGCUCUAACAUUCUAAGAAAUGUUAUAAAAUAUAUAAAAGAUUCUUAAAUAUCAAGAAGGAUUACAAGAAUUAGAUUGUUUUUAGUUUUUAGAUUAUAUGUAUAUUGAAUUAAAUUGA